AUGGUUUUCACAGAAGAGAAGCUCGACGCCAAAUCAACAGAUCCUCCCCUCCUCGAAAAAUACUCUGAAUUCAAGUCCUACACCACCUCCAAAGCCUUCUACAACAAACUCCGUAUCUUUUACCGAAAACACCCACAAACAGACAACCUCCCCAAAGACCCACCACUCCCCCUCCUCGUCUUCAUCCACGGCCUCGGGGGGUCAGUAGCCCAGUUCCACCGGAUCCUGACCAGCCUCACCCACCUUGCGUCUUGUCUUGCCGUGGAUCUGCCAGGAUGCGGACGUUCAGAGUACACCAACACCAGCUGGGUCGCUUACACCACCGAUGCGCUUGUGGAACUCUUGGAGAUGAUCAUCAAUGACUAUCGUGAAGAGAGGCAGCGGGUGGUGUUGAUAGCGCACAGUAUGGGAUGUGGACUGGCGACACUGCUUAUCAACCCUCGGCACGAGAUACAGUCGGAUCUUUGUGACAGUGUUCUUGGACUUGUGGCUAUGUGUCCGGCUCUGAUGCCGACGGAGGAGCAGGUGAAAAAGUAUCGGCGACUGCUUUGGAUCCCGGGCUUCAUUUUCGACCUCUGGAGGGCUUGGGAUAGGAGGGGGGGGAUCAACAGUGCGAGUGUCAGUCGGAUUGUUGGCCCCAUGGCGGAUGCCAAGGCGAGGAAGCUGCAGCUCAUGUUUAACUACCAGAGCAGAACGCCCGUGUUUAGACGUAUGGCUUGGGGGAUGUUGCCAGAGUUUGAUGAAAAGGGGAAUCCGAAGGGGGGUUUCCCGGAGAAUAGUGUCUGGACGGGCCUUCAGGUUCCGGUCUUGAUAAUCAGUGGGUGGUUGGAUGAGAUUACGCCGAUGUGGGUGGCGGAGAAGGUUUAUGAUUUGGUUGAGCACUCGCACACGACGCCGCCGUGGAGGGCGGGCCGGAUUUUGGAUUGGAAGAAUUCACCUAUUUCGACUCUGAGCUUGGGGAGCGCGGGCGCGCGGUCUCGGGGAUCACCGGGUUCGGAUACUAGCUUGGGGGGUGGCGGUGCUGCUCCUGCUCCUCCGACUUCUAUGGUUAGGGACUCUGAGGUGGCUAGCUUGUCGAGCUCAACUCCUGAGGAGUCUUGUGCUUCGGAGACGCCGAGUUUGGACAGUUGGAUUCCGCCUCUGCCGUCCCACCCACCGAAGUAUAUUAAGAAUUUUGAUAUUAAGGUUGGGGGUCAUGGGCUGCUUUUUUCCGAGGAGAUGGUGGCUGGGUUGAUAUCGGAGUUUUUGACCGACCAAAUCACUAAGAGGUUGGACCUGAGUUGGCAGCUGCAGUAUUUGAACGAGGGUGGGAAGUGGGAUGUGAAGAAUUAUGAGAAGUGGCGGGGUGUGGUGCCCGUGUCGGACCCGAUUGCGGGAGUGUUUAGGGCGAUGAAGACGUUGAGGGAGACGGAUGGUGAGCACUCUCCUCAGAAGUUUGGGGCAAAGUACGGGGGGAAAACCAUUAGGGAUGUGAUUGACAUCUCGCACGACACGCCUGUGUACGAACCGAACAAUUUGAGGGUUUGGCAGGUCAGCUAUCACAAGGUGGCAACGGUGUCGAAGAUUCCGCCGUCGAGGGCGGAUAUUGAUCGGUUUAUCGAGAAGGUGGACGAGAUCAGAGCGAAGCAAACCAAGUUUGAGAUUGGGGUGCAUUGUCAUUAUGGGUUUAACCGGACGGGGUUUUUGAUUGUGUGUUAUUUGGUGGAGAGGUUGGGGUGGAAGGUUGAGGAUGCGAUCGAGCACUUUGCCCAGGCGAGGCCCAACGGGAUCAAGCAUGCGCAUUUUCGGGAUCGGUUGCAUCUCAUGUAUCCAAAGAGUCCAAAGAGGUAUGUUGAUUAG